AAUCCUUACAGAGGUCCAGCUGCCCAGUAUCGGCAACUCCCUACACCGCACACCCACACCAAGCUCAACAAGUUUAACAAAACGUAGGGAUGUGAGCAGUAAGCUAUUUUGCUAAAGUUUUACCGUAAACAAGCAUGCAGCCUUAAAGGGACUCUUUCGCCCAGGCCAGUUGGAAUUUCAUUUCAAGUCCAGAGAAGAUGGAAAGUCCUCCGUAAGAAAGAAGGCGAAAUGGGAAAAUGGGAGUUGACAAUGAACCCGGUCCAGGAGUGGGGUGAGGAAUUCGAGGCUGGUGCAGUUUAUGGGAUCACGCUGCACCGGGUGCCCGUACCCUCUUCGCCUGAUCCGAGCUUGAAUCCAUCAUGUGGUUUCGUCCAGUACCGAACCAACAAAGUGCGCCGUCUGAAGGCUGCCAGUCUGCAAAUGCUCGUGAGUCACCUCCUCGACCCAGACUGUCUGGAACAAGACUACGGCAGGAUCUUCCUCUCCACAUACAGAACCUUCACCAGUACAGAAAAGCUGAUAGAGCUCAUCUUCCAAAGCAGAGACAGUGCAGCGCCUGAAUUGGAUGACAGUGGAUACAACCAGGGACCUUUGUUGCACCUUAUCCAAACAUGGUUAGAUGAAUACAGUGAAGACCUCAGGGAUCCUCCUCUGCACAGUGGGCUGCGCCUUCUUUUGGAUCACCUUAGGAUCAGUUCUGCCAUACAUGACCAACUGCACCGUCAGCCCAACUUCUGCUCAUUGGCGGGGCAAAGUGAAAACCUGCUUAGGAGGUUUCAGAGAGAAGCAUCUGAGACAGGUGUGAGUCCGGUUCAAACAGAUGUCCAAAGAAAUGAGCGGCUUUCAGGUGGUGAGGAUUCAGGAUAUGAACACAUACAAGAUCAAGUUGGCAUUAUGGAUUUCUCUGCAAAAGCCAUAGCAGAGCAGCUCACCCGCGUGGAUUCUGCUUUGUUUGUCAAAGUAGCUCCUUACCAGUGUUUGGGCUGCAUUUGGUCACAAAGAGACAAGAAGGACAACAUGUCCCCAACCAUCAGGGCCACCAUCACACAGUUUAAUUUCAUUACCAACAUGGUUAUUGUAUCACUGCUCUGCCGCUCUGUGUGUGCCACCUUCAUUACUACACCAGUGCAACGAGCUCGGAUGGUGGAGAAGUGGAUUAGGGUAGCACAGGAAUGUCACCGUUUGAAGAACUUUUCCUCUGUCAGGGCAAUACUGUCCGCCCUUCAGUCCAAUGCCAUCUAUAGACUGAGAAAGACUUGGGCUGCAGUGAACAGGGAUGCCAUGGUUACAUUUGAUAACCUCUGUGAAAACUUCCCUGAUGAAAACUGCCUCCUGACCAACAGAGAACUCUUAGUGGAGAAUAUUUCCAGUGGAGUGGUGCCUUACUUGGGCACCUAUCUGACCGUCCUGACCAUGCUUGACACAGCCCUGCCAGACACAGUGGAGGGUGGACUCAUAAACUUCGAGAAGAGGAGGAGGGAGUUUGAGGUUCUUUCACAAAUCCGUGUACUACAAGUGUCCUGUGCUCAGUUCAAUCUGCAUCGUGACCCCAGCAUUGUUGCUUGGAUGGAAGGACAUAAACUGCUCACGGACCAAGAAAGUUAUGAACAUUCAAGACAGUUGGAGCCGCCAGUGGAUGUGUGUUCACCAACCCCCUGGAGCCAAAGAACACUCACUAAGAAACUUUCCUUUCUUCUGACAAUGAGUGAUGGAUCCAAAAAGCUUCCAGCAGACCAAAUCAGUGUUUCUUCUUCAGGAUCUAGUGGUUCGGAGUUGGAAGAUCUUUCUUCUCCGAACUCUGCUUGUUCCAUCAGACUGCAGGCCUUUCACAGCUCUUGCAACAAUGUGUCAGAGGUCUUCUCUUCAUCUUCCUCAUCCUCCUCUUCAUCAUCAUCUCCUUGCUCCUUGGCCGCAUCUUCUCCAGACUCCCAAAGUCCCUCUGGCUCGUCUUCAGACUCUCUGUGCUCCUCAGCCAGUAGCUGUGCGAGUACUAUGCCCUCAACGGCUUCCCACCACAAGCGCUGUGUAUCUAUGACCUCCCUGCCGGUCUACAACCGCCAGAGCGCUGACUGCUGCAUCGUGAGGGUCAGCGUGGACCUGGGUCACAACAAUGGAAACAUGUACAAGAGUGUCUUGUUGACCAGCCAGGACAAAACUGCACAUGUGAUUCAGCGGGCUUUAGAGAAGCAUCACCUAGACCACAUGAACUGGCAAGAAUUCACUCUUACACAGAUCAUCUCACAGGAGAGAGAGUUGCUAAUACCAGACAAAGCAAACGUUUUCUACGCUAUGUCCACCACUGCAAACUUUGAUUUUGUCCUGCGUCGGUUCCACAAAGGCCAGAAGAAACCACUAAGAGCCACUUCCAGUCUUGGGCGGUACACCAAAUAGAUCAACUAAAGCAAGUGACUUGUGUUUUUAACUCUUUCAGCACCAUUGGCGGUGUUGUGGCUUUUUUUAUUCUCCUGCUGUACAUUUUUUUUGGGGUCACGAUUAGAUGUCCAAUCCAUUUGAAAUCGGAUGGUAUGGAAAAAAUUGUUUAUUCGCCGACCCUCCCACUUAAAAUGUAUUGGACAUCUUUUGCCGCCAGUGGCAGCCAAUGAGAAAUCGAUGUUAAUCCUUACUAAGAAGGAAAAAUGUGACGCAAAAAAGCACUUUAUGAAGGGACUGAACUUUGAAAUAGUUGAUGUAGUAUGACUUCCUCAAGUGAUAAACUGUAAGAAUACCCACAUUUACUCAUCACCCAACCAUUUCCAUGGCCUUUUUUCCCAAGAGGGUUGUUGUUAGCCCAGAGCCUGCCACUAUUUGUUAAUGCCAGUAACAGUACUCCUCACACCCCGAGACAGCAUCAUGUAUCAGCAUACUUUAUGUGCCCUACAAACGUCUGCUUGCCCCUCAACAGUGAAGUUAUGAAAACCAAAACAAAAAGAGGACUGGGAGUCUGAUGAGUGGUGAAGAGUGCAAAAAGAACUGCCGUGUUCUGAGCCCAUCUAGGUGGGCUAUGCUCAUGUGUAGCAGUGCCAGCUGACAAGUGGUUGGCGGCAGUCUUACCAGGGAGCACCAUGUUCCCUCGCCAGCUUCACAGCACCUCCUGUUGCUGUGACACUUCACAUAUUUGGCUGACAGCCCUGACUGGGAGGUUGGCAUUCCCCACUCUGGUAACCAUGGCAGCAAAGCAGACUUUGAUGGACAGAAUGGGAUGCACAUACCUACAGCAUGAGACUUUUGAGAGGUGUUUUCAGUGCUUUUUAGUGAAUAAUGAAUGUUCCUCCCCCCAAUAAAUCUGGAAAAAAAAGGUGAAUUAGCUAAUGCUUAAUUACACAUAUGCAGGGUUUCACGGUUUUCGCUUUCAAACAUCAUUUGUGUAUAUGGCAUUGUAUGGCGUUUUAAUCCCACUGUUCACUUCAAUACUGCUCUGAUUUCACCUUUUAACAUUGUUUGGGUGUCUAAAUUGGAAGCCUUUUUUGAAGUCUAUAACACAAUCCGCUGCCAAAUUUGAAAUGUUACAAUUUUCUGAUGAUAUGGAGAUUAUUUUCUGAUGAUAUGGAGAUUAUAUAAAUGCUGAACAAAAGUAUUUAUUGUUAGUGGUUCAGUCAUGUGCAUCCUGAAUGAAACUGCUGCCCAUGUAUGCUAACUACUGCCUGAAGAGUUUUUGUAUGUUAUCAUUUCAAUAACGUAAGUUGAUGCUGACAGUACUUAUCUAGUAAGAUGGGCCACUGAAAAAGCAUGACAUAAUACAACUGGGACACUAUUUCUUACAAUUAAAUGUUAAAUGCAUUAGUAGUCAUUCUAUUCAAAGAAUGUCAACUCUGUAAAAUUUAAGGUAAAUUGUGUUUAAAUGUUGAAUUAAAAAAUAUUGAUGAAUCCCUAAA